AUGUCCUCUACAACUACCACCACGAGCGAGGCCGUUGUUUCAGCUGUAGCGAAGCCAAUUACGGUUUCUCGCCCGGUGCAAUCUAAGCCCAGCCAGUUUCCGGAUCUCAUCAGCAAGGUCCACAGCAUCCCCACAUUUACAGAUCAAGAAGCCGAGCGCAAGUGGGCCAAAGAACAUCUAGUGGGUGCUUUUCGCCUAUUCGGCAAGUUCGGCUACAAUGAUGGUGCUGGUGGACACAUCAGUCUUCGUGAUCCAGUCCAACCUGAUUGUUUCUGGAUCAACCCCUACGCUGUGCACUUCAAACUCCUCAAAGUCAGUGACCUGAUCCUGGUUAAUGAGGAUGGAGUACCUCUUACCGAGACGAAGCACAAGGUGAACACAUCUGGAUUUUUGAUUCAUGCCGCUCUUCACAAAGCCAGGCCAGAUGUCAAUGCGGCUGCGCAUUGUCAUUCGCCGUAUGGCCGGGCUUGGUCUGCCUUUGGGCGACCUAUUGAGAUGUUGAAUCAGGACUGUUGCAUGUUCUACGAUGAUCUUUCUGUAUAUGAAGGAUUUGGUGGAGUAGUCCUCGCAAAGGAGGAGGGGGAGAACAUCGCUAGGGCCUUGGGCCCGAAGCACAAGAAUGUAAUUCUACAGAACCACGGCAUCCUUACCUGUGGCAGUACUGUUGACGAGGCAGCAGCUUUUUUCAUUGCCCUGGAACAAGCCUGUCAGGCUCAACUACUCGCCGAGGCCGCUGCUGCGAAUGGGCUCCCAAAGAAGUUUGUGGGCGACGAGGAGGCCAAGUUUACAAAGGAAAGAUCAGGCUCACCAGCAGUCAUGUUCAUGCAAUUUAAACCGGAGUACGAUCUGUUGCUGCAUGAAACUGGUGGUGAUUUCUUGAAUUGA